AUCUACACAACUAACAGGUAUACAUCACUAGGCACGCUUACAUCAAUCAUAUAGGUAGGAUAAGUAGGUAGUUUUGGUCCUGAACCCUGGUUAUACAUUGUGUGAGACUCUUAUGUAUCCUCCUCUAUUCCUACUUACAUACAUGUAUCUACAUCUGCAUAGUGCCUUUAGACAAGUAUAUCCAGCUUGCUUCAUCCAUCUAUAACCCUAUACUCUACCUACGUACUAAUAUUCCCAACUUCCUGGCGCUAUCACCAGCUCAUAUCUUUAUUACCUCUCACUCUAUUCCUUGAUCUCUUUUUACUCUACCUGUACGGACCGUACUUUUUAGUUGACUAUCCUCUUCCCUUCGUAUUGGAAGAGUUGGGGGGACCGUUCGCGAGAUAUUGCACGACAUUAUUACCCCGAUGUUUACCUGAAAGUUAUAUUUAUAAGUUGAAUGGUACCAUAUCCAGGUUGCAAUAUGAUGGCGAUUGACCUGUCUGAAGCGGAGUUCCGCUAUGUUAUCAACCACGUUUUCCUUCCUCCCUACUUACCGCACAAUGGAGAUGGCCUCAACAACGACUCAGCCUUGCUGAAAGUCACCAUAAAAUGUCUUUCCAUGUUUGACAGCCAUGUACACCUCGACCAAGUCAAAUCAGCAAUCAAGAUAAUGCAAGACCUACACGAUAAUUAUACCUACCAUCCCGAUCCUCUGCUACUGGAGGAAGGACUUCUCACAUCUCUCAAGUCUGUAAGCCAAAAUGACCGAAAGACAAUUGCUGUUCACAUUCGAGAACAAAAUUGUGGUAUGCUCUUCACCAGGUUCGAUAACUCCGUUCAUGUGGAGAUGUUCGAACUAUCUCCUCUCUACAAGGCCGUUACUUCCACCAAAGGGAGGCUACGUCGACUUUUCCCAGGCUUCGCUGUUUCUGUGCCCCUUGAUAUUUUCCAGUCUUCUGAUUUCCUGGCCACGGUAGCACACACACUCACCACUAUGAGCAACCAGCCCACGAAACGAUAUUCUACAGUGAAACAGGAGUUACAGGAGACUGCUGAUCCAAAAAUGGUCACUGAACUUUUCGCUACGUUUCUCCUAUCCAAGGGAGAAACGGUGGAAGUCACAAGGAUAUUUAAGAAUACCCGCGAGGAAGUGUUUCAGAAUGGCACUUCCAUGCCCUGGAAUAGGUCGGCGUUAUGGCUGCUUAUCCGUGUUGCAUUACAAAUCCACUUCUCCAGGACCGAGACAUCGACCGAGUGCCAGGAACAGACCUACAAGGUCUUCAUGGUUUUCCUCGCAACCCAAAUUCUGGACAUGACGCCCAAGCAUAGUAUUUCCAGCGAUCUACUGUCAGCCAUGUGUUCCAAGCUCUCUCGCCGAUGCCAAAAGCUUGUUGAGCCCAUCCCCGGGUACAUCUCUUCGUCUGUUGAAUCGACGCUUCAAGCUACCCACAAGGUCUUGCAGGAUAGAUGGUCGGAAAUACAAAAUCCACGACCUGCUGUUAAUAAUCUUGAACAACUUCGAAGCCUAGAUGCUCAUGCUUCGGAGGAUGUCCUCCUACGUCUCCCGAAACUCGAUGACUUCAUUGCGGUCAUAUCCCAAGCAAGGGCCAGUAGACCUAGUACGAUGUUCGAUGGGACCUGCCCUUUGGAUAUGUACGAUGCUUCUGAUACACCAAAGCUCAGCACUAUGCACAAAUCAACGAAUGUGUCAUUUAAGCUUUUAGCUUGCGAGCAUUGGGUCUCCUCAUGCCUCGAAGAGUGGUUAGAAUCCAAUAUAAGUAAUCCUAGCACAUGCGGUGUUCUGAGAGGCCUGAUCGAAGACUAUCAUCGAGAAGCAUUCGAGCAAUACGAAGGCAACCCAGAAGGAGCUUCUAUAAUGGUUCUUACUCUCCUUGAGCUUUGGGUCGCAUCCGAUAAGUCAGCCGUCCAAAACUGUCCGCUGCUAAGCAAAUACAAGCUAGGCAUACCAGAGAAUAUCCUGGAUAGCUUGAUUCUGCCGCUAAGGUGUCAGAUGAAUAGACUCAGGAAGAUUGAGAACUAUUUGCGUGAUCGUAGUUGUGCAAAAGGGGCUAAGUUUUCACUCAAUGAUAUAUUCGACUUUGGCACAGACCACUGCCUUUCCGUCCAAUAUUUUGAUGAGUCCAGCGAACUUCGAACGCUACGUGAUGAGAUCGAGUCUCGAGCAAGCACAGAGAGGGCGCGGAAACGAGAAGAAUACAAACGUAUUAGCAAUGAGUAUAGAGAUUUGCGAGAUAAAGCGGAGAAAAAGCCGCACGAAUACACCAACUAUCGCCAUGCUCGUAAUUGCAAGAAAUGUGAACUCUUUGCGAAGGCCAAUGAUCUACAAAUACAUCCUCAUAUAUGGCCACUCCCUGAGAAGCCGCUCGAGGCUAAGUCAACUGUUUUCGAGCUGCGAGUCCCUAAGUACAUCGGUCAUUGGCGUGACACAUUGUUUAUGAUACUUCAGGUCUUCGGUCUAGAGUAUCGAGGAGCCGAGAGUCUAAGGGGUAUUAAUCAUGAGUCACAAAACCCAGAAUUUCGCGCAUUCAGCGAACGACAGAAUAUAACUUUACGGGCAGCGAAAAAGUCCCGUCCACCGAUGAAAAUUGCGACUGUGGUCGAUGAUCAAGUCUGCCAACCAUGUGGAUUACAGUACAAAUAUUAUCAGUCUCGGGAGUGCGGCGUCAAGCGCGGAAAGGAUCCGUACCGCAUUCCUAGACUAUGCACUUAUAUGUAUCCAUCAUCGAAAACGAAAGAAGUCGAAGUACCCCCAUUAACGAGGUUUUUCUAUCGCCCACACUCAAAAGCAAGUGGUCCACCGCCGAAUAGCGUGCUAGCCACCCAGUGCGAAUGUCCAGACGAUCUCUCUCUGGAGGAGUACAAGGCACUCGCAACGAUCCCCCUUGGCUAUAGGAUCCAAUGGCAGAACAUCUUGGUGCAGAUUGCAUUACCCAGCUUGGAUUUCAAUAAGGAACUGACUGCAUUUGUCAUCCUGCAGUGCAUUUACCAAGCGGGCCCUCGCGAAGACGAGGACUUAGUUAGGGAAAGCCAUAAAAUCCUUAGCGAUGAGCAGUUUACUGAUGCCCUUUUAAGAAGUCUUGAGGAGGCAUGGCUGAGAAUUGAGAAGAAUUGGCAAUCUUUUCAAGCCCUGGGCAUCUAUGUUGCCCUGACUAGACGUGUUCUCUCCUUGACCCCUACGGAGAAAGUGAAGUUUCAGUGUCUUGAGCUUCUGGGCCGCCUUCGUAAGACUGCUUUGGAAUGGAUAGAAACCUUGGUUGCUGCUAGUGGUGAUGUGAACAGUUCCUUACGAAAGAAAGCCGUCGAAAUAGCCUUGAUCUGUGUGGACACGUUCAAUGUUGACGAUGAACACCUCCUUGGCCUUCUCGCCUCGUUAGAGGACGCCAGUAUUAUGAUACAAUGCGCCAUUGUCAUUCACGAGGGACUCCACCACAUACCAAAGUCGCCCAAGACUUUGACUUACAUCAUGCACCAACGUUGGGAGCAGCUAGCCUAUCGGGCUUUCAAUAUUUUAGUUGACGAGGUAGUGGAAAGACGCAACAAUGCGCUGGAUACUGCCAUUAGAAAGUAUUCGUCUACAUUACACGUCAAGGGCAAUUGGAAGACCUUACCAAGGCCGUGUGAUCAUUGGGUUUUCUCGACACUUGAAAGUGAAGAGAGCAUCCAUUUCAGUCUGCUGACCGGCGAACUUCUCGUAAAUGGUACCUCACUGGGCCGGCUACCUAAAGAGUACGAGAAUCAUGCCAUGCACCGUACAUUAUUUGGCGACUCAAUCUUGGAGGUUUUGCCCGUCACAGUUGGCCGAAUGAGAUAUUCCUCCAAGAACAGAUUUAAGGGGCAUGCUUUGAAUUUGGCGUUGGGAUCUUCGGACGGGAGCGUGAUCAGAGCUGAUGAUCUCCUAAUUCGAGCCAUGACGGAAGACGAGUCCCACGAAGCCUAUGAACUCGUCCCUCCGCAUAUCUUAGAAGGUUCGCUUCCGACUAUGUUUGUGAAAAAAUAUAUCCAUUGGUAUAACGCAGCCCAUGGCUACUUGGAAUUAUGCCCUCAUGAGAAUCCAUGGUCUCAUUCCGAGGAGAACUGGAAGCUGGUACGCACAGAAGAUGGAAAGUCUACAUGGAAGUUAGUUAAAGGUCGCUUGGGUCUUAUCGCCGUCAGUAGUCCUACGGCGAAGGUGGUAUCACGGAUAUUAGAACCCCUGGAAGAACGCUAUUGGAUACAUAUUAUUCUCGAAGGACCUUUGCUGGACAUCGAGCUCCCCAGACUAAACCUUGGGUUCUCCGUGAGAUUGGGAGAAACAUCAGUUGUUUCUCGUCAGUUCCGUGGAAUGCGCGUGGACGAGAAUCAGAACAUCGGAACUCUGUUCGGCCUCAGUAGCAAGCUUGUGCUGAAAGCCGAAGAUGACCGAAGUCGACGCAAGGUCUUGAUCCCGAAUGGAAACAUUACUUUUGAGGGCACCCAACAACAUGUACAGGAACAUGUACAGGUCAAGAUCGAAAAAUCUUCUUCCACGAGGAUUCACGCCUUCGAGGUUGACGGUUUGCUUGGCAGACUCCUCAAUAGCCAGAGUUUACAGGAUAGAUUACUUGUAUCAUACCUCCAUGCCCUCACUUCAUUCCCUUUACCAGAUCCGCUGACUCGGAGAACGGGGACGGAGGAAGCGCUCACGAUCCUGAAGUCUGCUGCCGUACGAUCUUUCAAGUUUCUUACGAAGGAGAAUAUCCAGUUGUUGACUGAGAUCGCACAUCUCACCCCGACCAGAAAGUAUUACUCAAAGUUGAUGCAGACUGUGGAUUGGUCGAGCCUUGGUUUUCUAUCUCAGCAUGGCGAGUUCUUCAAAAUCGUACAAUCAAUAUUUGACCAGGCGAGAUCGUUAAACUUUUUCUACCCAGAAUUGCCUUUGGAGAAUAUCGAGCUACACAAAGUUGAGCCGAGUUUACUACAGCGAGACCUCAUUCGUUCCUCAACGUUCCGUGUCUUGGGAUUUGGUGCUGAAGACUAUACAACUGACGCCGAUAAGGUCGAUUACCAGGCUAGAGAUGGCGGUCCAUGUUCAGAAGCGGCCAGUCGGGCCUUUGCUAUGUCGAUCAUUGCAUCCCGAGAGCCUUUCAGUCUCGUAGAAGACGUUCAGGAAGACUUAUGGUCUCGUAUCUGGUGCUUUCUGAAGGAUUACAGUAAUAGUCAUAGUCCAGCAGGGAAAAUGGAAGGAUAUGAAUCCGAAGUUACACCUUCCUUGAACUAUGCCGACUUGCUUCUAGAUGGAUACAAGUCUGACAUCGCCAAAAAUUGGAUUCCGCUCCACCGACUACUAGCGUCUGGGACGGUUAGACCUACCAAGUUUCAAGUUAUGAUGUGGCUGGCUACCCUUUCUUUUACAAGUGAUCACAUCGACAUGGACAUCCUCCAAGUUCUGGCGUCUUUCUUUGUGGCACCCGCAAUGUCUCUUAUCCAAAUACCCCGAUUUAAGGACUUUGAUUUGGAGUGUGGGUAUGAUAUUGACAACUCAGAUCUUGAGACGUCUCUCGAGGAUUCAAUUGUCCCACGGAAGGAUUGGCCAGAAGCACAGCUUCAACCGGAACAUGGUGAGUCCGCGGGGGACUUUGACGAGAGACGACAAAGAAUACGUACGAAAAAAAAAGAUGAAGCUCUCCGUACUUUCGUGGAUGCCUUGACGAGACAAUGGCCCUGCGAAGUGCCGGACUAUCCAUGCUAUUCAACAAGGAUCUCAUGCCAGCCGUAUAUCAUGGUUGACUAUGCCAUGACACGAGCAAGGCGGUACUUUGAACCACGAUAUCACAAUCACAAACUUAAGGAGUAUCUCCAAAGCAUUGAAAAAACGAUACCCCAUAAAGUCACGCCAGUCUUUAUGAGCACGCAUCCACUUCAAACCCCACCCUUUGAUUGUGUGAGAAGACCGAGUUUCAUUUGUCUUGAUGAAAUAUUUUCGUGUCAAGCUCCUACAACUUUGCCGCCUAUGGUGGAUGACGUGAAGCAGUUACUGUCGGGGCCUCGAAUUUUAUCAUUGUUGUCAAGGCUCUCCAAAUCAAAGGAGUCUGAAUACGAAAGAAAAUACCUGGAAGAUCUUCAAGCCAGUGCCCGAUCUCUGCAGGAUAGGAACAAUAGGCACUACUCAAUACCAGGACGGGAGGAAGCCGAGUUGAGACAGAUCCUCAUCGAGCAUCUAAACUGCUGCCAGGGAUUGGUGGAUGAUAUUUAUGAUGCUAUGUAUAGCGCAGUGACCCCUGAUCAAGCAAUAGGGCACAAUAGCCUCUAUACUAAGCCCAUUGCAAUCCAGCAGUUGCCGAGGUUCUCACCAAGCUUUUUCUUGGAGCGUCUUUGUCGACAGAAUCAGGAGAAGCUCCCAGAAGGCUGGAAGAAUUGCAUAGUUCACUAUGGACGGGCGCUUACCCACCGACAAGGAGCAGAACGCUUGCUGGGGGCAAUUGGCAACACCACGUCUUUGACAAACGAGCUGAACAACUCGGGCCACAUUAACUGGAACCCCUUAGACCACCCGGAGUCGUUACUGCUGGAAAUAGAAAGUGAUAUUCUCAUUCGAGAGGUUCAAGAGGAAAUCGCUGCGAAGAUGAGAGAGAACACCAAAGGCAAUGCUGUCAUGCAAUUGAACAUGGGCGAAGGAAAAUCCUCCGUGAUUGUCCCCAUGGUUGCUACAUCCCUCGCGGAUGGCUCCCAGUUGGUCCGAGUGAUCGUUGGAAAGGCCCAAUCGAACCAGAUGUAUCACAUGCUAAUAUCCAAACUGGGAGGCUUGCUAAACAGACGGGUAUAUCAUGUACCUUUCUCCCGGGCAGUGAAACUGGGACACACAGAGAUCGGAGUGAUACAGAAUCUGUUUGAUUCAUGCUUGGAGACCGGUGGCAUCUUGCUGGUCCAGCCUGAACAUAUCCUGUCUUUCAAGCUCAUGGGCAUCGAGUGUACUCUCACCGGGAAAGAGAGCAUGGGAAAGUCUUUGGUACAAAGCCAACAGUUCCUUAACGAGCACACACGCGAUAUCGUGGACGAGAGCGAUGACAACUUUAGUGUCAAGUUUGAAUUGGUGUACACAGUUGGCUUACAAAACUCGACGGAACACAGCCCCCGGAGGUGGACUUGCACUCAUGAAGUGCUCGAUAGGAUCAGAAAUAUCAUCCCAGAACUACAGUCCGCCUUUCCCACCUCGAUUGAAACUCACCAUCAGUCUGCUGGGUGCUUCCCGCGAACUCGUAUUCUGCGGCAAGAUGCUGGAGAUGAACUGAUAUCUCGAAUCGCGGAGGAAAUCUGUAAAAUGGGCCUAGAUGCAUUCCCCAUUACAAGGGAACCAGAACGUGUCCGCAAGGCGGUGCUUAGAUAUAUCAGCCAAUACGAACCUGAUCCAGCCGAUAUAGAAAUAGUCGAGAACGAACACUCGAAUGGGCUCUGGGCCGACCUUCUCUUUCGGAAAACGCUGCUUUUGUUACGAGGUCUCAUAGCUGGAGGAAUCUUGACGUUUGCCUUUGCACAUAAACGGUGGAGGGUGGACUAUGGCCUUGAUUCCACCAGACAACCCAACACUAAGCUGGCAGUCCCGUACAGAGCCAAGGAUAACCCUUCCCCACGCUCUGAAUUCAGCCACCCAGAUGUCAUUAUUAUCUUUACAUCUUUGAGCUACUACUACCGUGGUCUGGAAGAUGAGGAGCUAUUCCAAGCAUUCGGCCACCUUCUCAAGUCUGACGAGGCUGUCCAAGAGUAUCAGGUGUGGGUAAAAGACGCACAGAAACUGCCUGAUGCUUUUCGGCAGUUGGUGGGAGUCAACACCGAAGACGACAUGAAAUGCACCCAGGAAGUAUUCCCGCACUUGAAGUACGAGAAGGGAGUCAUUGACUACUUCUUGGCGCACAUCGUGUUCCCUAAAGAGAUGAAAGUCUUCCCACACAAGCUUUCUGCGUCCGGCUGGGAUCUAGGCGCGAUCAAGGGACACCGAACCACAGGCUUUAGUGGUACCAACGACUCCCGCGAGGUGCUCCCACUGGAUGUUGAGCAGUUGGACCUCGACGCCCAAAGGCAUACCAACGCCUUGGUUCUGGAAUACUUGCUCGGGCCUGAGAACUCCGUGGAACUUAUGCCGCGGGGCCGGGACGAAGAUACGAUGGCCGAAAUGCUCCUGAACACGAUAACAAAAAUGGAUCCGCCGACUCGGGUUAUUCUGGACGUGGGAGCUCAAAUCCUCGAGCUCACUAACUACGAGGUAGCAAGGGCAUGGCUGAAGAAAACCUCCGGCAUUGCACAAAUACAGGCCGCCAUAUACUUCAACGACAAGGAUGAGAUGUGCGUCAUGGACCGAAAGAAUCACAUCGAAACGCUUCAUACGUCGCCCUUCGCUACACAGCUGGAUGUGUGCGUCGUCUUUCUGGACGAGGCACAUACGAGAGGCACAGACCUGAAGCUACCAAAGGAUUGUCGUGCAGCAGUCACUUUGGGCGCAAACCUGACGAAGGAUAGAUUAGUCCAAGCAUGUAUGAGAAUGAGAAUGCUCGGACAAGGGCAGUCGGUAGUGUUUUGCGUGCCAGACGAGAUUCAAACAAAGAUCCGGCAACGUCGACAUGCCGAAGAAGCUGAUAAUGAAGGCAUAUCCGUCCUGGAUAUCCUGGUUUGGGCCAUCGGAGAAACUUGGGAGGACAUCCACCGAAGCAUUGGUAUGUGGGAGUCACAGGGUCGCCGAUACGAACAGCACAAAGCAUUAUGGAAAGAGGCCGACGAUAACCCCGACGUUGGCUUCGACAAGGCCCUGGCCGAAAGGUAUCGCGAGGAUGAAGGCCAGACUCUAGAACACAGAUACCGGCCACGUCCGAAGCCAGACUCGGCGAACGCAUGCGCGCCAAAGACCAACGGCAUCACGGAUCCAAUCUCCCUACGCUGCAGCCAAUUCAAGCACCUGCAAGGUUCCGCAGCAGCCCUGCAAGAGGAGGAGGAGCGCGAGCUAUCUCCAGAGAUGGAGGAAGAAAGGGAGGACCAGCGACCACCCCGCGCCGAUCCAGCGCCGCACAGCCUCCACGAGGACAUCAAGACGUUCGUCCUCUCCGGAACCCUUUCUCCAAACUCCACCGCAUACAUGCCCGCGUUCUCGACACUCGCAAACACGGCAGCCGGCGCCCUGUUCCCCGUCGCCGAGCUCCCGACCCGCCUGCUCGUCUCCGCCGACUUCGCGACCACGAUCGCAGCCAACAGCCCCUUUGCCGUCCUCGACGCGUACCAGCGGCCCGUCCAGUGGAUCCUGACCAGCAGCAGCGCGGACAUGAUCGUCAUCAGCCCCUUCGAGGCGCACGAGCUGCUGCCGCUCAUCCACCACCGGCGGACCUCGCACGGCGGCGGCGGCGGCGGCGUCGCGCUCCACGUGUACGCGCCGCGCGCGAACCUCGAGUACCGCCGCCUCGACACGCUCGACCUGUACACGGUGCCGGCGGAGCUCAAGGGGCGGCGCGUGCCGCUGCGCCUCGUCACGGAGCUGAAUCUGUUCGCGGGCCAGCUGUACUUCGCGUCGUAUGAGCAGUACGUCGAUGCUUGUAAGUUUAUUGGGGUUAGCUGGGAGCCACGCGACGACGACGACGACGAAGACAGUUCCUCCGGAAUAAAUAGGAAGAAAGUGGGAGAGGGAGAGGGAGGAGGAGGAGGGGUGAAAGUCAGCCCGGUUGCGUUCUUCACGGAGCUGCACACGAAGAUUCGACGCAACUGCCAGACUAUUGAUAAGACGCACAUGGGGAAGCUACUUGGUUUUCAUUUGCUUGCGCCCUCGGACUUCCGAGAAGAGGGGAUGGUGGAGGAAGAUGUGGGUGAGGAAUAGGGGUUGCAGCUCGACGUUGUAUACCUGAUAGGUAUGAAGUUGCUUGGCGGUGGACAUUGAUUAGUAUGUCAUAUACGGGGGAUAUCGUUGCUUCAAGGAUAUUUUAAUUACUGUAGACGGGGUACCAGGCCGAUAGGGAUAUUCGUGACUCUCGGUUAGAGUCACGUAUCUCACGACAUCCGGGAUCUCACUUUGCCAGGCGUUAUGGAGGGUUUGCAAGGCAAGAUAGAGUGUUUCCUAUUUCUCCCGAGCUAUAAGCCGCUCAAUUAGUUAAAAGAAAUGGG